AUGGCAGACAUGGACCCAGAACUUACUAGAGUACUUUUGGAAACUUUGGCGGGGGAAACUGAGAAAAAUAAAAAAACUAAUGAUAAUAAUGUUUUACCUAAAGCAGAAAAUUAUACAUUUCCAGAAAUUAAAAUCAGAGAUUUUGGAUUUGAGAGUGAUGAUCCUCGACAUUGGGGACAACCAUGUCCAUUUACAGGAGAUGAAGGGGAGAAUGAAGAUGAGUACACAGACCGUAGAGCUAGAGCACUUUAUGAUUUUCCUGCAGGAGAUGCUGAUGAAUUAAGUUUUAAGGAAGGGGACAUUUUGAUAAUAAAACAACGAUCAGGUGUUGGAUGGUUAUCUGCAGAACUAAAUGACAAAACCGGGCUGGUUCCGGAGAACUAUGUCGCUUUGAUAGGUUUUUUUAUUCUUUUCCGAUUACAAUCCAGGUUGAUGGAGAUUUAG